AUCCUUGCUGUCACAUUUCUGGAUAUUCUGUUGAACCUUCUUAAGAAUUCAGAGAAACUGCUGGCUGACCACUGAAAGAAAGAUAUAAUCUUCAGGCUUACGCAUAGUCCAUCUGCUCCAUCAGAAUAAUGUCCUACGUUUUUGUAAAUGAUUCGUCUCAGACUAAUGUGCCCUUGCUACAAGCCUGUAUUGAUGGAGACUUUAACUAUUCCAAGCGGCUUUUGGAAAGCGGCUUUGACCCAAAUAUUCGUGACAGCAGGGGCAGAACAGGCCUUCACCUCGCAGCAGCUAGAGGGAACGUUGACAUCUGCCAACUGUUGCAUAAAUUUGGUGCUGAUCUUCUGGCCACAGAUUAUCAAGGAAACACAGCCCUGCAUCUCUGUGGCCAUGUGGAUACUAUUCAGUUCUUAGUUUCCAAUGGACUCAAAAUUGAUAUUUGUAAUCAUCAAGGUGCUACACCCUUGGUUCUGGCAAAGCGCAGAGGAGUGAAUAAAGAUGUCAUCCGAUUGCUGGAAUCUUUGGAAGAACAAGAGGUAAAAGGGUUUAACAGAGGAACUCACUCAAAACUGGAGACCAUGCAGACAGCUGAGAGUGAAAGUGCCAUGGAAAGCCAUUCUCUCCUCAAUCCCAACCUGCAGCAAGGGGAAGGAGUCCUGUCCAGCUUCCGAACCACAUGGCAGGAGUUUGUCGAGGACCUGGGCUUCUGGAGGGUGUUGCUCUUGAUCUUUGUCAUUGCUUUGCUGUCCCUUGGCAUUGCAUACUACGUGAGCGGGGUGCUCCCCUUCGUGGAGAACCAGCCUGAACUGGUGCAUUAAAGGAGCCCACGGGGAUGGGGCCAGUGCCUCUUUCCUGGCUUCCACUGUUUUGUUCUGAGUUUCUCAAACGUUUUCUCUUAGUGCAAGGCAGUGAGGGCUGUACAUUUUUUUCUUUGUGCAUUUUUAUGUAUUGUAAUCCUUUUCGAACAACGUGUUCAUUUGAACUAACCACAUACCAUAGUCAAGUAUACUUCAUCCUAAAGCUACCUCUGACUCAGCCCGACUUGUUAGGAAAGGCUUCACAUAGCCUUGUUUGAUAAAAACAUGGAGGCGACUGAAGAAUGAAAGAUAAAGGAAGAGACUA